AUGGCUCUCGAAACUGUAGUCGCAGCAGCAACGCGCAUAGUCACCACGAGCACGAGCACGUCUCGCAUUGACACACAGUACUUGACAUUUUCUACAGCUCAAUAUAUGGCGAAGCUGACUCAAAACUCUAGUAUACAUGUGCUGCCUCCCAGUUACCUCAAGGCACUAGACGAAAACGGUGGCGACCCGUCUGGAUGGAAGACUCCGAACUGGACCCUCGAAGAAUGUGUCCGCUUCAGCGACACUAUCGGAGCGUCAUUCUCGGUGCUAUCCGUGACAGCUCCAGGACCAGCCAUACUCGGGCCUACAGAAAAGGGAAGGAGCCUGGCGCGAGCUCUGAAUGAAGAGGUGUGGAGUGUUUGCCAGCAGCGACCGGGGCGGUUUGGCUUUUUUGCCAGCUUACCCGACUUUAAUGAUAUUGAAGGAACCAUUUUAGAGAUCAAGUCAAUCUUUGAGACAGAGAAGAAGGCAAACGGUGUCGUGAUCAUGACAUCGUAUGGCGACAAGCUUGUCGAGCUGGACAAGCAUGCGGCCCUGGUAUUUGUUCAUCCGAGCCAUAUCAAGAUCACGCCCGAGAAGAUUGGCGGAUUUCUCCCGCAGCCGGUUAUUGACUACCCUCUCGCGACCACGCGGGCUGCCAUGUCACUUCUUGUCUCGGGAAUCAUGACGGAGUGUACUCGCAUCGAGGUAAUCCUGAGCCACGCUGGAGGCACCUUCCCAAUGCUCGCAGAGCGUGCCCUCGGCUCUCUUAUUGUCCCGGCCAUUGCAGAGCAAUCCCAAGGGAAUCCGAUUCAAGCGAAAUCCGCAUCAAAACGUUUUUGGUACGACAUUGCGCUCUCUACAGGCGAGGCGCAACUCAAAGCGCUUCUCGCGACGGCGCCUUCUGAACAAAUCGUCUACGGAAGUGAUUUCCCGUAUGCUCCAAAGUUGGGCAUCUAUGCGGGGUUGCUGCAGUAUAGUCGGUUUUCCAGGAGCGCUGAAGGCAGCCGAAUCGGGCCCAAGAAACUCAAUCAAAAUGCGACCGUUUUACUGCGGAACCAUUCGUUGGAGGGUUCUUUUUUGCCACAGGCCGUCGGCAAGGAAAAUCAGAUUUCUGGACCAGAGUUUGGGUUGGAAGAUAACGAUGACGCAAGGCAUGCCAGAGAGCAACUCGACCAUGGUUCUGACUCCGGAGAGGGAAAUUGA